AUGGAGAAGACUUUUGCUACCGGAAACAGCCUUGCCCUAUAUCAACGGAUACGAUCGACUGACCCUAGGAAAGCGAUGGUCAGUGAGACGAUACGUGAAAAAGAUGGCUCAUCAGUUCACUCGCAAAAACGUCGACUGGAAAGAUGGGCCGAACACUUCGAAGAACAGUUCAGCUGGCUUCUCGCUACACAGCCUGUAGAGAUACUGCAUACGGAUGAAUGGAAUGCUUUCAGUUACGCCCAGUUUAACAGGACGUGCCUUGCUCAUCUGCUUACUUACCUUCCUUUCAUGGGAGUUCUGGGAAGAGCCUGGACAGCAGCUCCAGAACUGGGUGGCAUUUGUUCACCUUCAGGAACGGAACGUGGCGAAGAGUUCAAAAUGAACACUGGGUGGACAACUUAUGCUGACUACAGUGGUCGGCGAUUACUUAAUGCGAUGGCUGAAUUGAUUACCGCUCACGAAUUGGGACACAACUGGGGUGCAGCUCACGAUCCUGACACCGAAGAAUGCAGUCCUCCAGCACAUAGCCGUGGGAAAUACCUGAUGUAUGCACAUUCAGUUGCUGGGUUUGCGGUGAAUAAUUACCGGUUCUCGCCAUGCAGUCGGCGUACAAUUGGCGCCACCCUCGCGGCUCGUGCACCACUUUGUUUCGUCGCCACCUCAGAAAGCACCGUUCGAUUGUGUGGAAAUAGACGACUCGAUCCUGGCGAGGAGUGUGAUGCCGGUGUUGUACAUGAUGAUGUUUGUUGCACUGACAAUUGCAAGCUACGUCAUGGAGCCCAGUGUUCUCCUUGGAAUCACGAUUGUUGUACUUCCGCCUGUCAGGUUGCCCCUCCGUCGACUCAGUGUUCGGAACGGAACUCAGGCAAUCCAUGCCUUUCGCCUGGCACUUGUGAUGGUAAAUCAGCUAGCUGUCCUGGUCCCACUCGUUUAUCUGGCGUACCUUGUGCGGAACACGGUCAGUGCAUUCAAGGUAAAUGUCGGACACAAUGCGAACGUCUUGGCCUGCACACUUGCAUAUGCGACGAAGUUUAUUCCAUGCCAUGUGAUAGUUCCUCCAAGUUGAGAGAAGGAUCACGUCCAGCGGCUUGCUUCCUUUAUUCUGCCAUACCUGAAUAG